AGAUGCCUUUAUCUAGGUAGCUUGAUGGAAUUUCCUUCUAUUUUGAAGGUCGUGGAUACCCCGAUGUUCUCCGUUUCCCUCGUACCAACUACCUACGCAAAUACCUAGGUAUUUCGUUUGGUGAUUACUUUAUAGAAGAAAAUAAAUAGAGCCGCCAGAAUGGUGGGCGCCGUCAUCUCAGCGAAUCCCUUACAAUUGGAUAUACGAAGUCAUAGGAAGUGCCUUGCGAUAUGCUUCGUUGUAACUGUAUCUAGCUUUCAAUAUGGCCUUGACUAUGCCCUCGUGGGUGGCUUUAUGGCCAUGCCUGGCUUUUUGAAGGUAUUCGGGUACUACGACGAAGCGACUAGCAAAUGGGCUAUAGACCCCACCGUUCAACAGCUCAUUUCAUCACUUAUGACGAUUGGAACAUUCGUAGGCUCAUUGUCUGUAGGGCCGUUUAGCUCUAAGCUUGGGAGACGGAAUGGUCUAUGGGCAGCGUCUAUCUUGAAUUACAUUGCUACGGCAAUCAUGAUCGGGACGACAAACAUCGGAGCGUUAUAUCUUGCACGCUUUAUUCUUGGAAUUUCGGUUGGCUGGUUUCUCACAUUUGCUCAGGUGUAUAUCAACGAGGUAGCACCCGCUCACCUUCGGGGGAUCGUGUUUGCGGUAUAUCAAACCCAGCUUUGUAUCGGUUCCAUCGUAGGAGCAGCGAUAGAUAAUGGAACGCACGCGAUGCUCGGUAAGGGGGCGUACCAAAUACCGUUAGCGGUGUUUUUUAUCGCUCCGACAAUUCAAACGGUCUCCCUUUUCUUUUUUCCGGAAAGCCCACGAUGGCUUAUGACACACGGAAGGGAGGCAGCCGCCGAGUCAGCGCUUCGUCAACUACGCAACAGAAAUAUUCGAGAGACCGAGUUUCGUGCAGAGUUCGAGGAAAUCAGGGUUUCCACAGUAGAGCAAUCAAAUCAUCUCAAAGGGAAACAUCUAUGGAUCGAAAUGUGGAAGGGUACUAAUCGGCGACGUUCCAUCCUGUCCAUAGCAGUCAUAUGCUUCCAUUGCGCCAAUGGGUCUUCUUGGUUGAACAUCUAUACGACCUAUUUCCUUACUGUUGCCGGAGUAAAGGAAGCUUUUGCACUUUCCACUAUGAUAACGUGCAUGGGGUUAGUUGGCGUUCUCGCUAGUAUUUCGAUUGUUCUGUACGUUGGCCGUCGUGUUAUGUUACUUAUUGGAGUGGGUGCAUGCGGUUUCUGUCAGCUCGCAUUUGCAAUAGCUUGGACUGUGGCUCCAGGGACCGAAGCUACAGCUAAGUCGGUAGUCGCAUUUAUCGCUCUGUUUACAUUCUUUUACGUCGCCUACGCUCCUUAUGCGUGGCUCCUAGGUGGUGAAUUACCUAGCAAUCAUCUACGCGCCCAUACCUACGGUGUUGGUACAGCACUAAACUUCCUAGGGAAUUGGUUGGGCGUCUUCACUGCGCCGUACUUCAUCAACCCGGCCAGUCUAGGAUGGAAUGCCAAGUAUGGGUACAUAUGGUUUGUAUCCAACAUGAUAGUUUUCACGUUUACUUGGGCGUUCAUACCUGAGACGCGAGAUCGAACCUUGGAAGAAAUCAACGAGAUAUUUGAAUCCAAGGUCCCAGCAAGGAAAUUUAAGGAGUACAUCUGCGUGGGCACUGAAGUGUCAAAAGAGGCGGCAACGAAUAAAAUGGAUGUUUCAAUAGAUCAUGUGGAAGGACGACCUAAAGGGCCUGCAUAGUCACUCGCACAACCUCCCUAAGAUAAAUGAUACUUAGUAUUUCUCUAAA